AUGAUAGAUUUAAUUUCAUCAAGAAGUAAUGUUUUUGUAUGGAGUGCAGAAGAUUGGUUAAAACUUCGUAGAGAUCAUAGAAUAGUUGGUGAAUUAAUAGGUUGCCUUCCAAAGAAACCUAGACAAGAUAUACUCUCAGGACUUCCAUUACUUUUACAACCAGAAGAAGUAUCUCUUUUACUUGAAAAAAACUUUGCACAGCUUGUCCAUUUUCCAUGUCUUCAAAAACCACCAACAGAAUCAUUGAAACAAGCUUUCGAAGAAUACCGAAAUACAUUGUUUGUAGAGCAAAAGGAAUGCUUAAGGAAUGAAAGAAAAAAACAGGUGAUUGGUAUGAUGGACAAAAUUAUAGAAGGAAAAAAACGGAAGAUACUUGGAAUACAGACAGGUAAAAAGAAAAUAAAGAAAUCAUUAGAUCCAAAAGUGCAAGAAGCUCUUAAUAAUAUUGAGAUAAAUAGACAACAGUUAUUGGAAGAAGAAAUGGCAAAAUUACCUACAUUAGAUAAAACUGAAGCACUAAUUCAGACUCAUACAGUAUAUCCAUGGGUAGACAAAGAUGAUGUUGAAAUUGUAGAAUGGAAAUAUCCUUCCAACUCUAAAGAACAACUUCGAUAUAAUACAUACAAGGAUCUAUGGGAGAGGGGAUAUUAUGUGACAAGUGGAGAAAAAUUUGGAGGAGAUUUUUUAGUAUAUCCUGGUGAUCCUGUUAUGUUUCAUUCUCAAUUUAUAGUUCAGUGUAAGGACAGAGACGAAGAAAUUCCAAUAACUGAACUUUCAGCUCAAUGUCGCAUUGCUUGUCAUGUUCGAAAAACACGAGUGUAUGCAUUUUUUUCUAAAGAUAAAAAUAAUGUCGUGUAUCAAUCGUUUCAGUGGGCAGAGAGUAGUGUACUUGAAAAUGGGUAGCACGCACUAUCAAAUUUGUAAAAGGAAUAAAAUAAGAAUUUUACUUCCACACUAUAUACUUGUACCUUUAC